AUGCGUACAGCUCUCCUCUGGCUUCUCUUUGAUCUGCUGUGCUGUCUGCCCCGCCCCUUGUACACUCUUCAUCCGCAUGACUCUAACUUGAGCCACCUCCUGCUGGAGGACGCCUCCAAUGCCACCGUUGCAGAAGUGAACGUAUCGAUGCUGAGAUCUAAGGAGGGAAGCUUCGCCGAAAUGAUUGAUCGGGCUCUGGAAAAGGAGUUCAACGAGACCGAAGAACAGUCUCAAGGUUUUGUUUAA